AGUAGUCUAGAGAAGUAGGGCAAUCCAGAUUUCGCCAUUUUUACUUUUCAGUGAAAGGAGAUUUUAUAAUUGUCAGGCUGGAGGACGAAGAAUAUUUUGAGAAAAGUGUGUCAUUACAUUUAACUAUUCGUAGUCAGAAUUAUUAAUUUUAAAAGUAUUAGUUAAUAGUGUGGUUUUGUUUAUUACUAACGUUUGUAUGUAGUGCUACUUCCCCAUCGUAAGAUUGCUCGUUGGUGUGUCGCUUAGCUAAUUCAAUAGCUAUGAUAUCGAAGUUUUAAUUUGGUGAGUCGCUUGACGUUCCCUAAGGGGCAUAGUAACGAAGAAGCAAAGCAACGCGGUUAGAGAUGAGCAGGCCUCAAGGUGGACGGAUCCAAGUCCCGGAUGACCUUAGAGAAAUCUUAUUGGAAUUCACCAUAAGUUAUUUACUGGAACAACCGGGAGACGUUAUUAACUACGCGGUCGAGUUCUUCACGAGGUUACAGAACAACAGAACGACGACAAUAGUCCGGGGCCCAUCAGCAGGCACUCCUGAUGAAUCUAUAAUAUCAGACGAAGAAGAGCCGCCAGUGGCGCGCUUCAACAAUCGACGUAAGUCGGUAUUUGCGGAGACCUACGAUCCAGAGGAAGAUGACUCUGAUGAAGGGGCACCCGCCGUGUUCCCGAAGUCGGAUGCGCAGCGCGCUCGUCUCGCCGAGGCAGUCCGUGGCAUUUUGUUAUUCCGUUCGCUCGAUGCACAACAAAUGCAGCAGGUACUAGAUGCGAUGUUCGAGAAGCGCUCGGUACCAGGCGAGUACGUUAUCCGACAAGGCGAUGAUGGCGACAACUUCUACGUCAUCGAGAAUGGAGUCUUCGAUGUACUCGUUACUGGAGACGAUGGCGUUGAAAAGGCGGUGCACACAUACGAGGGCUCGGGCUCGUUCGGCGAGCUGGCGCUGAUGUACAACAUGCCGCGCGCGGCGUCCGUGCGCGCGCAGUCGGCGGGCGCGCUGUGGGCCAUGGACCGCCACACGUUCCGCCGCAUACUGCUCAAGAGCGCCUUCAAGAAGCGCAAGCUCUACGAGGAGCUGCUGGACAAGGUGCCCAUGCUGAAGGCACUGCAGCCUUACGAGCGCGCCAACCUCGCGGACGCGCUGCUCCCGCGCACGCUGAUCGACGGCGAGCUGAUCAUCCGGCAGGGCGACACGGCCGACGGGAUGUACUUCGUGGAGGACGGCUCCGUCAGCAUCCGCAUCGCGCGCGACGACGGCAACGAGCACGAGAUCAAACGACUCGGCAAAGGUGGAUACUUCGGCGAACUGGCUCUGGUCACCCACAAGCCUCGCGCUGCUUCUGCAUAUGCCGUUGGCCCCACCAAAGUGGCAUUCCUCGACGUGGAGACAUUCGAGCGACUGCUGGGCCCGUGCAUGGAGAUAAUGAAGCGCAACAUUGACGACUACGAGGAGCAGCUCGUCAAGCUGUUCGGCGACAAGAGCAACCUCACCGACGUGCGAUGAACUACCAGCCCCCCACCGAACCCCCCUUUGCCGUAAUCACACCCUCUAUUUACCCUUCGUGUGUUAAGAUAUACAUGUACGUGGCUGGAAACCAUACUGAAUAUUUAAACGAUUCCUGCUCAAAUUGUUAAACUUUAUUUCCGACAUUUUGGAAUAUUGUAAGUUUUCGUUAAUAGCACUGGAUUGUUUUAUAUUUCAGGGUAUUUUUUUUGUGAAAAUUUGUAUAGAACGUGACUUGACUCGAGAAAAUUGAUAAAGUUAAAAAAAUAUAUAAUAUUUGUUGUUUUUUUUUUUUUAAUAUUAAUGGCAACAUUUACUUAAAAUAUGGUUUUCAGCCGUUUGAAAGAUGGAUUCCUUCUAUAAGAUUGCGCUGUAAUAAUGUAGUAAUAUUACUAAAGCUAUUUAUAUCCAAGUUUUUUUUUUCAUGUAAUAACUGAAACAUUAUAUUGUUUUAUUUUUGUUUUUCAUAUAUUUCAAAAUAUGUGCCAUGUUAUUUUUUAUUAAUUUAUAUAGAGAUUUCGUUGUUAAGGAAGGGGGGGUAAUAAAUCUACCAGCGUCGGAUAAUAUUGCAUUGUAACAAUAAUACGCUUAUUUUAGAUAGAUAAAAUGCCUUAGUAGCUAUGUAAAUAAUGAUCCCACGCUUUGUCAUCGAUUAAACUGUUCAUUUGAAGAACACUAAACUAAAAAAAUAAAAUGGAACUCGAUUUUAAUGCAGAAGAGUUCAUUUUAAACGGAUGCUUUUAAAGCGAUUUGCACACUGUACUACUAUGUAAUUUUAUUAUGCGCUCUUGAGCGAAGCUCGGCUCAUUAUUAUUUAAUAAAUGACUUGACAUGACGCAACUUGUUGUACAACGUAGUUGCUUUGUACAUAUUUUAAUAUGAUGAAAUUAAAAAAUUUGACAGCAAUAAGACAGUUAAAAAAAGUACUUGUUCUUCGAAUGUCAAAUGUCAGUUCGGUGACAGGGCUGGUGUCAAAUCAUAAUAGGUGUGUACUGGGAAGAUGGCAUUUAGUCGUUAAAUUAAAAAAAAAAAAGAUGUUUCAGUAGUGGGACGACAAUGCAAUACUACACGGCGCUGUAUCCUGUCUUAUAUUAGGAUAAUCUCUGCUACCGCCAUUUUCUAUUUUUUAAGAUUGUUCGUUACACUUAACACUGGCUUGAAAUCAUAAAGAAAUAAUAUUAUUAAAUUAGAUAAAGUUUCAUUUUAUCGGUGAUUAGAUUAAAUCUUCUCGCUAACUAAUUAAUUUAUUCUAUUAAUUUAAAAAAAAUGUUUCUAUAUUUAUGUAUAUUUAGAAUGUUAUAUUACAGUCAGUUAGUGAAUGCCAAAUUAAUAUUUACGUGAGUGUAAACAGAACAGGACGAUGCGAUUUUACAAUGAGGCAUAUUGUAAUGAACAAAUUGAGAUAUACUUGUUGUUUUGUCGUCGAAUUCAAUUUUUAUUUAAUUAUUAUUUUUAUAGAAACCUUUAAUUUUAAAUGAGAAGUUUGUUUAUGUUAUCUAUUUUAAAUAUUACGUUUUUGAAAUAUACUUUAUUGUCAUUUCCUCGUCCUAUUUUAGUAAAUAGAUCUGAGGUUUGUUAUGAUUGUAACAUGUCUACUGAGAACACCACAAAUUGGAGCGUAUUAACCGUGACGGGCCUGCGUUGUCUGUUCAUAAUGAUACUCCCUCGUUAUAAUAUAACGAUAGGUUAUACAAACUCGGUCGGAACUAUUUGGUUCAGGCUGAAUGGAGCAGUGUUUGUGUGUUACCUCCGAAUGUCGACUGCGCGCCGUAAACUAACCCUCAGGUGUAGCGCCCCAGUAUUAUUUAAAUUCCUGCCUUCAUUUGUAAAACCAGCCAAAGUAGGUGAAUACAUAAAAUCAUAUGUAGCACUAAAUAUGUAAGUCUAUAUUUACGUGUAGUAGUUAGUUUUUGUCACUUCUUAUUGUAAUAUAAAUAUUUGUAGAUUAGGAAAUUAAUGGAGUAUAGACAGAUCCUGAGGGGUGUCGUGUGUUGUUUUUGUUUUUUUUUUUUUUUGACGUACAAAACGUGUACAAAUUAUAUCAGUUGCCAUAGAAUUUUUAAAUUAUUUAAUUUUAUCAAAGUACUACGUCAUGAUACAUUUAAUUUCAAUGUUACGCCGCCCUACUAUCUCUAACGACUUCCAUUUUGGAUGUUUCGUCUCUAGUACAUAAUAUCAUAUAUAUAAUAUUAUAUCAUAUCGGUUCAUUCGUCCAUAGUUCUCGAAGCUUGCUUGUAUAUUAACAGUUUCAAUGCGACAGGUUUGUGUUCCUCAUAUUUAGCUUAUACAUUCCCGAGUUGCUAAUAUCAAAGUUUAUUAAAAUGAUUUAUUUUUGUUAUCGAAUAAAAGUUUAUUUUUAAAAAAAUAUUUUGCAAUAGCGAAAUUAACUUCAUGUGCCUUGAUGCACGUCUGGUAAAAUUAUAAUUCAAACUGUCACUAGAAAUAUAUUGUUAAUCUCGUGUUUUGACUCACUCGUAAUGCCCUUUUCUAAAAUGACUUGUGUGUAUUCUGAGUGUGUUUUGUCCAUUACGAACCAGUCUCAUAAUCGAGUUAAAUUUAAACGCUACGUACUUUGCGAAUUUGGAGUAUAACAAAGAUUUUGGAUUAACUAUUAUUUGUAGUUAAAUGUUCGUUGAAAUUUGGCUUAAAGAAAUUAUUUUAUUAUAUAUCUUAAAUGUAUUUGCACUUCCGUUUUACUCUAUAUUCUGAGAGCUAGACUUUCGCUUUGUAUAAAUAAUGUGCACCAUGUUUAACGGAAUGUAAUCUUCGGUUAUUUAAUUUUUAUUACUACAAUUUUAUUUCUACUUUAAAUUUUAUAUACAUUUCAAAAUUUCUUAGUAUAUUAUACAGCAUUAUAUGUAAAAAAAAACAUGGUGAACAUUUUCAAUGACCAUAUAAUAAUCAGCGGGUCUGAUUACAAAUUUUUAGAACAGAUUUAUUUAUAUUAUUAAAUAUACAAAUUGUAUCUAUAUAUGCAAUGAAAUGUUUAACUUACAUACAACCAGAUAAUGUUAUAUUGGUUUUUGAUGUGUGUGAAAUGUGACUCAAGGUUUUCUCUUCUAUGAUACAUUUCUUGGGUUGCCAUCUAAUUAAUAAUUUGAAGAAAAAAAAAGAUGAAUUUGUUACUUAUAUUUCGAAUACGAAAAACAUAUUCUUCUAUUCUAUAUUUUACUUUGAAAAAAAAAAAAUUAUAAGUAUUUAAAUUAUGUAAAGUAAUACACAUGGCAACCUUACAUAAUAUUGAAGUUUGAUAUUUCCUUGUAUGACGCUGUGUCUGUGUGUCCCCGAUGUACUGAACCUAUUAGUUGUUAAAUAGUAUUGUGCAAUAAUUACUGUCAUUUGUGUCCUCUACGUGGAUAUCAUGUUGAAUUGUCAGUGUGAAAUUAUUUAUAGAUUAAAAUAAUAGCAUAAGACGUAAUGUUUCUCUUACUGAUGUUAAUAUCCUAAUGCAUCAGCUAGGAGGCUUUAGGUACAUAUGUAAUAUUGCAAAUCCAUAUAAAUUAUUUUAUUUAACUCGCACACAAUGUUUUUAUAGCACAAACAAAUGUUAUGUGUUACCACAGUGCGUCGAAGUGACUCAAAUUCUGUUGUCUUCCAAAGGGACGCACAGAAGUAAUUCCAAGCGCUCCCAUUGUACACUGGGGGGCAGUGAAAUUUUCUGGCAAUUUGAUGUAAAAUUGAAAUUCGAUACGCUUAAACUUAGCGUAAAUUUUUAUAAAUUACUAGUCAUUGGUGUCUAAUGUAGAUUUGUAACCUGACGGCACAUUUAAUUCGAACAUUUCAUCUAAACUUACUCUAAAAUCAUGUUAGCUGUAAGUUUGUCACACCUGUUCCACGAUAAAGCAUAUCAGAGCGGGGCGGCCGCCUCCAUGUCCUCGGUGCACCCCCACUGUCCACUGUACGUCUGGUAGAAGUCUGAACCGCAACUAGUACCGCUUUACCACGUCAUGAGCUUACCCUGUACAUUUAUAAAAAUUAUGUAUCGUAAAAUGUUAGAAAACUGAAUUAUAUUUGUUUGUAGAUCUAA